GUGUAGAGUAUAAAAAGGAGUGGAGAGUGAAAUGAAUCAGGCAGUUUUAAUCUUUCUCAUUUGUGGAUAUGAAGUGUUUCAGCAUGCUUCCAGCUUUAAGUUUCACUCUGGCUGUGCUUCUGCCACUUGCAGCUGCUCUGCAGAUUGACCUCACUCCAAAGAAGGCCCUGUUUAAAGUUGGAGACAGGGAGGAGCUGAAGUGCAGCGUGACCGAAUGUCCAGGAGAAGUGAAAUUCUCAUGGAUCGCUCUGGAAGACAAACCUCUCUAUGCUGUAUUCAAGUAUUUAUCUAAAGAGUCAGUUAUGAUUUUCAACAGCGUGACCAAACACCAUGCAAACAAAAUCAAGUGCACGGCUACGUGCCAGGAUGUGUCCAAACAGGCCACGGCCACAGUGGAGGUCUACUCUUUUGCGAGGGACCCAGUCAUCUCCGGACACGACAGCUUAGUUCCAGGAGUGGAGAACACCUUGAUCUGUGAGAUCACUGAGGUCCAUCCAGCAGAGUAUAUGGAGGUUGAGUGGAUGCGUGGGGGAACUGUGGUGCACAGACAGGACGGGAAGCAUGGAGUCCAGACAGUCCAAUCCCAUUACACUUUUACACCACAGAGAGAGGACGAUGGAGCGCAGAUAACCUGCCGGGCCUCACUCACGCUACCUGAUCUACCGCCGGAUCAGCAAACCAGAGAGACCACUGUUUCCAUUGUAAUUCUAUCUGCUCCAGAAACCGUGGAAGUGUCUGGGUCCAGCACAGUUAGAGUCGGCUCUGCUCUCAGUCUGUCCUGCAAGGCGGACGGCAAUCCGACCCCAUUGUUCUCCUGGAGGGUUUUGAGGCCUGAUGGUCAGUGGGUUAAAGUGGCAGAGACACGGCAGCUCUCUCUGAUUAACGUGUCUCUGGCGGAUGCUGGAGAAUACGAGUGUGAGGCCAGCAACGGGGUCGGGAGAAAGACGGCCACUGUGACCGUCGCAGUUCACGGUCCUCCUACAAACACUGUGAUUUCUCUGUCGACCAAUGAGCCCAAAGAAGACGAGCUCGUGUCCAUCUCCUGCACGAGCCACAGCGUUCCUCAGAGCCGUCUGGUACUGAGUAAGCUGCUAGAUGGGGGGGAGUCUGAGCUGGCGUCUGGAGAAGGGCCUCACACCUCCGUAUCGUACAGCUCUGCCCGAGCCAACAACUCAGGCCUGUACGUCUGCACAGCUUUCAAUGACUACGGCAGCCAGAAGGCCAGCGUCCAGCUUACCGUUCAAACUUACCCCCUGGAGGUGACCAUGCAUCCAGAUGUGAGUGUGAUCACACUGGAGCGAGGGUCAUCACUCUCGCUGUCCUGCGAAGCCUCGGGGUGUCCUCACCCACUCUUCACCUGGACGGGUCUGCAGGAUAAGCCACAGUACAGACAGAACAACAGCCAGACAGAUAUCUCCCAGCUGAAUUUGGAGUCUGUAGAGCCGGAUGAUGAGGGAGCUUUUAUCUGUGAGGUCAAGUGUGGAUCUGUGGUGAAGUCCAAACAGACAGAGGUGAAGCUUUUCUCAUUUACCUCAGAUCCUACCAUUGAAAGUUCUGGAUAUUCUCUGGAGGGUGAGAUGACCAGUCUGACCUGUGUGGUUCGCGACGUGUUUCCAGCCAAGCUUUUCCGUAUACAGUGGCUGGAUGGAGAGAAGGAACUGCCCUCAGAGACCUUUGUGGAUGGACUGCAGAACCUCAGCUCCAUCAUCUUCUAUCAACUGCAGAGCAGCGUUCAAGAUACGACUAUUACAUGUAAGGUUUCACUACAGAUGGAUGGAGUACCAGCUGCGCUUACAGAGAAGACGACAUCUGUCACCUUGGCAAGGCACUACGCCCCCAGACAGACCACCAUCACUGUGAGUCCACAGGAGGAGCUGAAGGCAGGGGAAACGCUCAGCAUCUCCUGCCUGACAGAUAGUGCUCCAGAGGGGCAUGUGUUUUUGAAGAAGGUGGUGGAUGGUGAAGAGACGAAGCUAGCAUCCAGUCAGGGCACUCGGACCUCUUUCACCAUCCCUGCUGCCGAGCUCUCUGAUUCUGGGGUCUAUGUGUGUGAAGCUGUCAAUCAAUACGGCAGUAAGAAUGCCAGCGCCCAGAUUACUGUGCAAGCUCCUCCCAGGAACACUUCAGUGAAGGUAAUCCCAUCCGCAUGGGUGCAGGAAGGCCAGAACAUCACUAUCUGCUGCAAUUCAGUCAGCUUCCCUCCUCCUGCCAUCAUUCUGAGGAAGUUGGACAGUGGGGUCGAUAUCUACUCCCCCAACGGCACUUUUGUGCUGGUCAACCUCACACCAAAUGACACAGGGCUUUACCAAGUCAACGUCACAAAUGCCCUGGGCUACGAGACUGAGGUCUUCACUAUUCAUGUGAUGGAACUCCAGACGGCCAGCCCUCCACCCCACUGGAACUAUUUUAUUAUUCCAUUAGCUGGCUUGGGAAUUCUGGCCUCAGCCGCUGUGGUGCUGGAGUACCUGCGGAGACAGCGGCUAAAGGGUUUCUACGAACUGAGCAAGAGCAAACCAGGCACAGCGUAAACGACACAGAAAUGUUAGACCCUACUGAACUGAAUCAGUCUCUGCUGAACUGCGUUAGAAAUGAAUCAGAGUUCAUUGUUCUGAAUCAGACUCUGCUGGCUUGAGUCAGGCUUCACACUGAACCGAAGCAGAGUCCACUGGACUGAAUCAGACUCAAUUGAACUAAAUCAGAGACCAAACUAGAUGGAUUCAGACUCACUGAACUGAAUCCAAGCAACUGAAUCAGAGUCACUAAACUGACCCAGACUACAGUGAUUUAAAUCAGAGUCCAUAUUGAACUGAAUCACACUCUGCACUGAACUGGAUCAGAGUCACAGUACUGAAUCAGACUCACUACAACUAUAUCAGACUCCACACUUAACUGGAUCAGAGUCAGUGUACUGAAUCAAACACCUCUGUACUGAAUCAGACUCACUACAACUAUAUCAGACUCCACACUUAACGGGAUCAGAGUCAGUGUACUGAAUUAAACACCUCUGUACUGAAUCAGACUCCAAGGAACUGAAUCAGAGUCACUAAACUGACCCAGACUACAGUGAUUUAAAUCAGAGUCGCUAUUGAACUGAACACGCUCUGCACUGAACUGGAUCUGAGUCACAGUACUGAAUCAGACUCACUACAACUAUAUCAGGCUCCACACUUAGCUGCUUAACUGGAUCAGAGUCAGUGUGCUGAAUCAAACAGCACUGUACUGAAUCAGACUCCAAGUAACUGAAUCAGGUUAAUUAAACUGACCCAGACUCCAGUGAUUUAAAUCAGAGGUCUUAUUGACCUGAACUGGAUCAGAGUCACGGUACUGAAUCAGAUUUACUACAACUAAAUCAGACACAAUACCGAACUGGAUCAGAGCCACUGCACUUAAAUCAGAUUCCACACUGAACUAGAUCAGAAUAUUUGGCCUGAAUCAGACUCCACUCUCAGACUGCAUUGAACCAAAUUGGACUGGUAAACUGUGAAUCGGACUCUUCUGAUCUGAACUGCACCCCAGCUAUACAACUGCAGUUAUGAUGAGCCUUCAGUGGUGGACAGCUGUUGCAGGAUAACAGUGCUCCCUGUGCAGAACGGGACAGUGAAUCCUAUGUGAAUUCUAUGCAUUGCGUGUUCACAUGAGGAGCCAUAUGUAUAUAAAGCUCUGAGAGCACUGUGUGUAUAUAUGUGAGAAACAGAGAGAAAGAGAUAAAGAGAGAAAGAAGGUGGGGGUGAAAUACUUAUAGAGCAAGAGUGUGUGGGACAGGUGUAUAAAGUCAUGUAAAUAUUAAUUAGCAGAGGAUGGUUUCUUACUAAGUGCAGCUACUGUCUGUUUUUGUGUUGUUGUUUGGCAGUAUAGUAGAUUGAGAAUGAUGUGCACAGCACAAGUAAGACAUGGUAGGCAAUUUGGUUUUGUAAAAAAUUGACUUCCUUUUUCCUCUCUGUAAAGCUUUUGUAUGUUACAUGUAUCAUUGUCUUUGUAAAAGUGUCAUAUUUUUCAUUUAAAAAUGGCCUUUUCUUUAAUAAAUAUUUAUUACUUGAA